AUGGGCGAUAAAGUAUUUCUUAAAGUUUCACCUUGGAAGAAAGUGCUGAGAUUUGAUAAAAAGGGCAAACUGAGUCCUAGGUUUAUCGGUCCUUAUGAAAUUAUGGAACGUGUAGGACCAGUAGCCUACAAGCUAGCCUUACCACCAGAACUUGACAAGAUACACAAUGUCUUUCAUGUUUCUAUGCUUAGAAGAUACAUGUCAGAUCCCUCUCAUGUCCUCCCAGCGGAAUCUGUAGAUGUACAGCCAAACUGGUCAUAUGAAGAAUCUGUGAAAAUUCUAGCAAGAGAAAUAAAAGAGUUGAGAAACAAAAGAAUUCCUCUUGUUAAAGCCCUGUGGAGGAAUCACAAAGUAGAAGAAGCAACUUGGGAGAGUAAAGAUGUCAUGAAAAUAUAG